GAGAGCAAUUAUAAACAUGCCAGAUCAUCUCGUUGCGUCAGCGGCAGCCGUUCGUUUGUAGCACAUGGUCUGAGCCGCACGAGAUUCGAUGCCACGCGGGACACGCGGGGAUUCCUCUAAUGCGUCCUAGCAAGGUCGACGUACCGUCAGCACGACGACACCGACUGUGAUGUCCCGGCUGAUAAGAUAGCACGCUGCGCGGGCCGGCGCGGCACGCAAGCCAGUCGCAGUGGUCGCACCACCCACUGCAACAGCGCUCUUCGUGAGCGAAAAACGAAUCAGCGAAGCGUCGCCUGCCGUUCAUCGUGUGCGAAGCGCGCCGCGUUGGAGCAGUUGAAGCCGCUGAAGGUCGGCGGAGCGGGCUACACAGUGCGCAACGAGAGCAGUCAUGUUUUUCAAGCCUGUUUUGUCCGUGGUCCGCUCUAAUCGGGUCUCAUGGCUGCUGGGACGGCGUCUGGCUACUACGGCAGUGGCGGGAUUUCAGUCGAAACAAGCCGUCGUGCUCAAGGCGUGUGCUACGAAGAGGUGCCGCUUCGUGCAGACCGGUCCCUGUAUUGUGAACACUCGCCCUGUGACAACGUCGAGUGUCAACUUCCAGGACCUAAGCUACGAAGACCUCCAGGCUCUGCUGCAAGGCGGCAACAUCCAGCUGAUUGAUGUGCGUGAACCUGCAGAGGUGGCUGCCUCCGGCAAAAUUGGAAAUGCCAUCAACAUUCCAUUGGGACAAGUGAAAGACGCUCUCCUUAUGACCGAGGAGACCUUCCAGAAAACCUACCAUGCACAGAAGCCCCAAAGUUAUGACCACAACAUUGUGUUCUACGGCCUCGGCCCCAUCAAGAGCCAUGCUGCACUCAAGCUCGCUCACAAGGCCGGCUAUACACAUGCCCGGGAGUACAGCGCCGGCUGGGAGGAUUACCAGGCAAAGAAGGGCAGGUGAUGCCUACCUUCACCACCAAACUCUUGUUCUGGGAAAGCACGCAGAAGUCAUCUUAGGCCUUGCUAGGCAGUCUUCCAAUGCAAAUCUUUACUACAUUAUCAUGCAGACGGUUUUGCGAUUUCAGUUCUUAAAUAAAGCGAAUUGUUUACACAUUU